CCAAAAAUUGAAACAUUAUCACAAUUAUAUCCUGUCAACCGUCUCUCUCCCUCCCUCUUCCUCGGCCACCAGUCACUCCCAUUGCCUCAGCCCUCCUCCUCCGAUCGGAUCCCUCUGAAUCUCCUCCCCUUUCUUCACUAACAGGAGGAGCUCCCUAACUCUUUCUCUCUCUCUUCCCCGUACCAACACGCCAUGGCUUCCCCGAUCUCCUCCUUAGACCUCAAUCUACUUCCCUCCCCGAAAAUCGAGCCAAAGCCAGAACCUCUCGAACCGAACUCGAACAUCGGCCCCAUGCCUCAGAUUCUGAAUCCCAACUCACUAUCCAUCGUCCCUUUCACUGACCCCAGCACUCCCCUGCAGCAUCUCUCUCCGGCUGCCGCCGACGAGGAAGCUCUUUUCGCGGAGUACUAUCGUCUGGCCCACCUCUUCAUGGCCUCCUACUCCUCGCCAAACUCCCAUGCCAACCCUCUGGCCACAGCUCCCCCGCCGUCGCCCUCGCCCUCGCCUUCCUCCGCGUUGAUCGUUUCCAAGAAGCGGAAGGCCCGCUCGGCGGAGAUGGUACGUGUCUCCUCACUGAGUGAACAGGACCAGAUCUACUUUCGCGACCUCGUUCGUCGCACUCGGAUCACGUUCGAGUCGCUUAGGGUUUUGAUCAUCCGUGACGAGGCGAGGGGAGAGGGUUUGGGGGCUUUUGGAAAGAGAAGCCGCGCCGAUCUUAAGACCGCAGCGCUAAUGACCGAUCGCGGGCUAUGGCUUAAUAGGGAUAAGCGGAUUAUUGGCUCGAUCCCUGGGAUUUUCGUUGGAGACGUCUACUUUUUUAGAAUGGAGCUCUGUGUGAUUGGCUUGCAUGGCCAAGUCCAAGCUGGGAUAGAUUAUGUUCCAGCGAGCCGGAGCAGCAGUGGCGAGCCUAUUGCCACCAGCAUUAUUGUCUCUGGUGGCUACGAGGAUGAUGAUGAUGGUGGGGAUGUUCUGAUAUAUACUGGUCAUGGGGGUAGGGACCGGAAUCUGCAUAAGAUGCGUGAUGGGCAGAAGCUUGAGGGAGGAAAUUUAGCUCUUGAAAGAAGCAUGAGGUAUGGAAUUGAGAUACGAGUGAUUAGGGGGGUAAAGUUUGAUCAGAGCCCGACUGGGAAAUUAUAUGUCUAUGAUGGGCUUUAUAAGGUUGUUGAUUGUUGGAUGGAUGCGGGGAAGUCUGGAUUUGGUGUUUACAAGUACAAACUUUUGAGAAUUGAAGGGCAAGAAGAGAUGGGCAGUUCUAUUCUUAAACUGUCGUUGAGUUUGAAAAUGAAUCCUCUGAGUGUGAGGAAGAGUGGUGUGUUCUGUGAUGAUAUCUCAAUGGGGAAGGAGACAUUUCCAGUUUCAUUGUAUAAUGACCUAGAUGAUGAUCAGGAUCCUUUGCAGUUUGAAUACCUAGUUCGCCCAAUUUAUCCUCCUGAUAUCCAGGGGAAGUUUAAUGGUGAGGCAAAUGCUGGGUGUGAGUGUAGAACAAAUUGUUCAGCUAAUUGCUAUUGUGCUACUCUGAAUGGGGGUGAAUUUGCUUAUGGUGGAAGUGGAGUGCUUCUGAGAGGGAAGCCUUUGAUUUACGAGUGUGGUGCAGCAUGCCAGUGUCCGCCGAGUUGCCCAAACCGAGUGAGCCAGAAGGGUAUUAAGCACCAGUUGGAGGUAUUUAGGUCCAAUGAGACAGGGUGGGGUGUGCGGUCUUUGGAUUUGAUUCGAGCUGGGACUUUCAUUUGCGAAUUCACAGGUAUAGUGCUAACAAAGCAGCAAACAGAUCUGCUUUCUCAAGCUGGCGAAAGUUUGGUGUUUCCCAAUCGAUUUCCAGGAAGAUGGGCUGAAUGGGGAGAUAUCUCUGAUGUUUUCUCAGACUACUUACCACCAAGAUACCCUUAUUUACCAGAAUUGAGCUUCUCCAUAGAUGUUUCAAGGGCAAGGAAUAUUGCUUGUUAUUUAAGCCACAGUUGUAGCCCAAAUGUAUUUUUGCAAUUUGUUCUGUAUGAUCACUAUAAUGUCUCAUAUCCCCAUCUUAUGAUCUUUGCAAUGGAAAAUAUCCCUCCUCUAAGAGAGUUGAGUAUAGACUAUGGGGUUGUAGAGGAGUGGGUUGGAAAGUUGACACUAUAACUAUCUUCCAGGAGGGCGUCGCUGGAGAUGUAUCAUAAUGCUUUUUUGGAAACUAACUACUUGCAAGUGCUUUAUGUGGAUGACCAUCAAGCUGUGAAAUUUUAACUAGGAGUACAAGUUAAAGACCCAGCAGGAAUCUUAAGGCGCAGGACUCUGAACUCAGGGUGAUCUAAGGCUUUUUCCAAUGGCCAUUUAAGACCUUUUUCUUAGGCAACCUUGUGACAGUUCAGUAUAUAUAUAUGAAGUUAUUUUGUGAAUUAUGGAGUUUUGUCAUCUAACUUUUACUAGGCAGCUUUGCAUUUGUUAUUUUUUUAUUUGUUUUUUACUUGGGUUAAAGCUAGUAUGAAUUUUAUAGUUUGUCUUAACUAUUUUUCUUGUGAA